CAAAAACCAAAAAUGUUCACAGACAAAAUUGAAGCAAUUUAUUUUAUUUUCAUGUUUUUAUUUCAGCUCGUAUCUUCAUUAUGAAAUCCAUUGACCAAAACAAGCACGAAUUGCAAUACCGUUCAUAAAACGACGUUUAAAAAAACGUUUGGUAUAUUCAAAACGAACAACGGGCGAAAUGAACGUUUUUUUUUUCAAUAUGUUGAUGCCACUAGCUUGAAUAUGCAUCGCAUUUCCCCGACCACCGUAUUUGUGCAAAAUGUCAAAAAGAAGAGAACACUAUGCGAACGACAGCAAAUUGGAAAAAUCGCACUCAUAAACCGAAAAAAUCAAUUUUUCACUACAAAACAUGCAAUGUGUGUGUACUAGCAACCAAAAAUUUGACCGUGCGUGCAAAACGAAUUGUUUUUUUUUACUAUUUUCUCAUUAAUAUGAAUCGUUUAAAGUACAAUAGCUAGACCAAAGUGGUGUUUUCAUAAAUAAAUUUAUUAAAUAAGAAAAAAAAACAAGUAGAAAUAAACAUAAAAACAAAAUUUUUCGUCGCAACCUGUUCGGAAGAUACGUCAAACAAGCAAGGUGUUUACAAUUGUUCGCAAACACUAGAAUAGAGCUAAUGAACAGUGUUUGUGUAAGAAAUAUAGUGUGAUAGGUGGAUAUAUAUAACAUUUCAUCACAUAUUCUAUUAAAUCGCACAUAGAAUACGAAUCUAACGAUAUUGUGUAGCAUUAGCAUUUAAGGCGGAGUGCACAUCUUGACAAUGGAACACAGUUACAUGUUGGAAUUAAAUACUCCGACGGAGCCGUCGGUGGAUAAAUUGGUUGAAGACCAAAAGACAUCAACCGUAUUGGAUUUAUCGAAAACGGGUUUGAAAAAAGUGCCUAAACCCGAAGAUACACAGCAUGUCAAAGAGCUCAUUCUGGAUGAGAAUUUGUUGCAGAAAAUCGAUAAUGUGGACACUUUUUUAAAGAUUGAGAAGAUUUCAUUAUGCAAAAACAAUUUACUGCGAAUGUUUGGCUUGAGUCGACUGCAUAUGCUCCAAGAGAUUAAUUUAUCGAACAAUGCCGUUGUCACGAUCGAAGGAUUAAAGGAAUUGGUGCAUUUGCGUCAUUUGAAUUUACAGGGCAAUACUAUCAAAAGCAUCGAACACUUAAAUACAAAUGUGCAAUUAGAGUAUCUAAAUUUGGCCGAGAAUAGCAUUGGCAGUAUAUCCGACAUAUCGGUGUUGAAAAACCUAAAGGAGCUAUACUUGCAUGGGAAUCGACUAACUCAUUUGCGCCAAUGCGAUCGCUAUCUACCCGUAUCGAUAGAAACACUUACAUUGGACCAUAAUAAUAUCGCUGACUUGAACGAAAUUUGUACGCUAAGUGGAUUAACGGCACUCAAUAGCAUUUCAAUUCAAGAGAAUCCAUGUGUUCAAAUGACGAAUUCAGUUUUCAUAUACAAGAGUACCGGAUUCGAUUAUCGACCAUUUGUGCUAAACUGGUGCAUGACUGUCAAAGUAAUCGAUGGUUUUGCAGUGAAUCCAAUCGAAAGCCUAAAAGCCGAAUGGCUAUACAGCCAAGGUCGUGGCCGACAAUUUCGUAUUGGUGAACAAAUUGAGCUAGCCAAAUACUUGAGCUCAGUGUGUCCACUCACUGGCGAAGCUCUUGAAAACGAAGAGGAUCGCAAACUUCGACUCAUUUUAAGCAAAGCACAACAACAUCAACGACAGCUUAAAGAAGAAAUCUCUGAUAAUUCGCAUUCAUCAGCCAAUAAUUCACCAUCAACGAAUCGGCGACGUGGAACAUCGAAUCGAAUACAAUCACCAAGAGUUUCACGGUUGGGAAGAGCCAAUUCGGGCUCGCCAGAUUCAAUGUCGAGCAGCUACCAUGGAAAUACGUCGUCAUCGUUGAACAACGAUGCGAAUAAUCUGAUUCAAAUGUCGUCAUCGUUGAUUGAAAAUGUGAACGCUGAGAAAGGGAAUAUAAUGGUUCAAAGUUUAGAUCCAACAAUUCUGAGUUCACCCUCAUCGAAACUAACAUCAGAAUCGACUAGCGUUCGUUCAGUAGUCCCUCCACUAAAUGACUAUCAAACACGUCAGUGCCCAUUGGUGGCUACAUCGAAAAUAGUUCCAGUGCCGGAAACAUUAAUGAGCCCUGAUUGCCCGCCACUAAAUGUUGUACAUCAAAGUGUGAUCCAUUCAACGCCCAAGACCGAACCAUCCUUGCCAAACCAAAAAGUAUCGUCGAUUAAAUCAACCAAAGAAUCGAAAUUAAUGUCACCAAAAAGUCGCACAUCAUUGACUAAAAAGCAGGAGAAAUCUCCCGUUUUGAAUGUACGCAAAAAUAAUUCGAUUAAUACGGCACUAAAGGCACAUCAAACGACUAACCAUUCGCACAGUGAUUCGCCAAGUGUGAAGAAAACAUUGGCACACAAAACACAAUCUCCACCACCGCUGCUUGCCCCAGUCAAACAAUCGGUCAGCUAUACUCCUGACAAUAUGAGUAACGUAAGCUCGGACGAUGAUAGCGACCACUUUAGCGCCGAUAAACUCAAGACUAUACGAAACAAAGCAGCACAAAGAUCUCAGGAACAUAGCCAAUCAAAAGAUAACACUGAUGCAAGUUCAUCGAAACCCAAGCUUAUUAAUCAAAAUUCAACCGAAGAGUCGGCAAUUGUGAUUCAAAAGAUAUGGCGCGGUUACAAUACACGCAAAAUCAACAAACACAUUGCAAAGAAUUUGCAGAAGAAUCGAACUCAGCAACACAUCGAAAAACUAUCGCAUGACAUGGAAACAACCAAAGUUGCCCUAGAAAAUGAACGAAAAAUUCAGCAGCUUCAAAUGCAGGCGAUAAACGCUCUGUGGAAGAAAGUGUCAACGCUGCAGCCACCAGCUGUAAAUGCAAGUGCAAUUGAAACAGCCGCUUCGAGCGCAAGUUUGGAGCCCAAUUCAACAGCUGUGGUGCAGGAUUUAGCUAAAACAUGUUCGGUUCUAACAAACCAGGUUCAACAACUGCAAGGAUCAAUGCGAGACAUAAUCCAGUGCAUGAGUGUGCUUUACAAGCUACCGAAUCAAGGCGAAGCUGCUGGUCUCAGUUUGGAAGAGAAAAAGCCAGAGGUAAAAGACAGUUCGAGCACCCAAACAGAAAUCGUAGCUGUUCAUACGCCGCAGGUAGAAAACUUGCCGUUUCCAUUCGCAAGUAAAUUACCGCGUCCAUCCACAUUGUCGCUGACCGACUCGAAUGGGUCCAGUGCUUCGAUUCGUAAAAUAUCUGAACGCGAAGGUGACGAAACCACUGACAGCGAGAGAAAAUUAGACACUGCUGAGUCAACGAGUACCGAUAACAAAGAUGAAACGCCCGAAAUAUCGGCCAAAAGUGAUGGCGAUGGAAAUCAAUCGAAGAAAAAUUAAAUCGUCUCAAUUUUUAAAUCGUAAAGCGAAUUUAACUGAACUACUUCAAUGGAAAUAUUUCGUGAUUUCUGUUUGGACAAAAAAAAGAAGCAAACACUAACUCCAUAAAAACCACUUACUCAUGUACAAACAAAGAAAUAGAAAACGAACUAUGCCGUUUGGAAAAAAAACUAUGAUUGUUAAAACUAUUAUAUUGAACAUUGAAUAUGCAUGGAAAACAAAUUUAAGCAACAAAUCCGUAACCAUAACUCAAAAUCGCGAACGUAUUAAUACUUGACCAGUGGUACAUUGAUUUUGAACGAAAAAUUAUUUUAUCUGAAAUUAACUAUUGCUAUAAAUGAAUUUAUACAUCCCUCCGGUAACCAAUUAAUUAGGCAUAUUGAUUUAUGAGACAAACAAAAAAUCAACACACACAUUUUAAGCGAUAAAUGCUUUCGACAAAAAUUCAAACGAAGUAAAUGAAAAAAAUCCGAGACAAAAAAAAACGUCAAAAUCUUUUGUGUGUUAGCUUCAAAUGUGAAAUAAGCCAAAACAUAUGUAAAAUUGAAAAAAAACACAAAAUUAACUGUUAUUGCCUCGCACGAUAUUUAUGGAAUAUGAGCUAAACCAACUAAAUGGUUGGAAUUAUGUUCAAAAAAAGAGUCCUUUUGCUUGACAAAAGAUAUAAGGGAAAACAAACCAAACAAAGAACAUUUUUUAUAGCGCGCUAACCGUGGCUUAUUCUUUCUCAGAAUAUCGUUUUUAUUUCUAAGAAAACCGAGAAGUUCUCUCGGCGAGAACACAAAUUUUAUAAUGAUUUUCUAAAUGCAACAAACAAUUGAUACAAUGAAUUUCAUACACGAAAUCAGGAGACGCGUUUAAUUCAAAUUGAUUUUGUUUAAUUUUUUUAGAAAAUCCCAUUCAAUUUCGUGAUUAAAAUUUAAUCAAUUAGAUAUUUAGAUGGAAAAGAAGAAACGUUCAAACAGAAAUCGGUUUAAUUUUAUUUUAAUUUCUAGCGAGAUCAGUAUUGAACAAAAAAAAUAGCAUUUUAAUUUUCCCACACACAUACACAAAAAUCCCCAUCUAUCGAUUGAUUGUGAUUUAAAAUUAGACAGCUAAUUGAACACCAAAUUGAAAAAAAAACAACAACAUAGAAUCUAAUAUGCAAAGCGCUUUUAUUCAGAAUUUAAAUUAUCUCAUAGUAUUAAACACUAGCCGUUCAACAACGCAAUCCCGUAGAUUUUUUUCAUUUAGAAUUUAGAUGUGAUUUUAUCGAGAAACAAAAAUGAUUCGGUUGACAUUUUUUAUACCUUACCUAUUUUAUUUAUGUGUUCAUUUUUAAGAGGCACUUGAUUCCAAUUUAACACUCAUUUAGAAAAGAUCAAUAGACGCUUCUGUUUUGUAGAUGUAAUCGCAUAUUUAAAAAAAACUCUCAAUGAUUUGUUGUUGAUUUUAAGUUAUUUAUUUAUUUAAUUAAUUGAUCCCAGAAAUUCGUACAAUUUCACAUAUUCAUUUUAGUGUUCUAAUGAAAUAAAUUCACUUUAAAACUCAA